CUGUUCGUUUGAUAAAUCUAGGAUUGCUCUUUCUACUAGCAUUAUCAAAAUAUAGACACGAUUUUCUCCGUUCAUUAAUCAAUGGCGCGGAAUUUAAGAAUCCAGUGCAUGUAGACUGAAAUGUUUUUUGAGUGUAAUUGAUAAACUUUUGACUAAUGCUUAGGAAAACAGCUCUUAACGCUGACAUCGUCCUUAAGCGUUCUGGCCUGUAUCGUUGUUAGGAUUGGCGAUAUUUUGGCAAAUUAGUUCGAAAGGCUUCCUUUUAUCACCGGUCUCAAAGCAUCAGCCGCCGAUGUUAGGUAAUAGCUGUGUUCCUCCACGGAACAUGUAAAUAUCUUGCUGUGUUUGGAUUAUCCCCAUUCGAACAUCCGGAACGUUCUGUUCACUUCAUCUUUUUUUUUAAUUUCUCAUACUUUUAACGGAAGCGACCUGCUUGUGUUUUGAACUGUAAAUUAACUGCUCAAAGAGAUCUUAACUUUUAGGGAAGCGAAAGUUUCAACAAUGUUUUGUGUUUUAACAGCUGUUAAUUUUGCUGGACUUUUGCUUGCUGCUGCAGCGCAACAACAGGGGCUCGUCAACAUAACAGGAACCGCGGGCGGCCAGAUCACCUUGCCGUGUACGGUUAAAAAUGUCGGACUCUAUGAUCAAGUUAUUUGGCAACGGUCGUAUCAGGAGACGAUAUCCGUGGGAGAUCGAAUCUUCUCCAGCGACAGAAACAGAUAUCGGUUAAGGCAGGAAUACAGCGACGAUAAGAGUCUGACCAUAUUAAAUCUGAAAUCCUCCGAUCAGGCCGAGUACCGGUGUAUGAAGGGGGCCACGCCAGUCCAAAUUGUGUAUCUGUCGGUAAAAGCGCCACCUCGAAUUUUGGACCAAAACAAGACAAUAGAAGCGUUUCUUGGGGACAAGGUCAUGCUUCGUUGCCAAGUAACCGGCAUUCCGACCCCAACAGUGAAAUGGUACAAAGAGAUACUGGACAGCGGGGCACGGAUCCUUGAAGAUCUCGGAACAAAAGGAGCUCAUUUCUCGUUAACUGUGAAACGUGAUUCUGAAGGGACAUACACGUGCCAGGCUGACAAUGGAAUCUCGCCCACAGCACAGAGAUAUUUCCGCAUCAAUGUACAAUUAAUGCCUGUAAUAACAGCCCCUAAACAUAUAGAAGAAGAGCGAGGAAAACAGGCAGAACUACAGUGCACAGUGGAAGGAUAUCCGCUGGGAAACGUAACAUGGUGGCUCAAUGGGAAACAACUGACAAAAAACUAUCGUACAAGUUUUCGAGUUUUUAACUCUUCAUCCCAUAUUGCCAGAUAUUUUCUAAUUAUCAGUGCUUUGGAGUCCUAUGACUUUGGAGUUUACACCUGUAAAGCAACUAAUAAUGCCGGGACUGCCACUGGUCAGAUACAACUGAUUGAGAAAAAAACAGAAAUCAAAGAUUCCAGAUGUGAGAAGAUCUAUAGUCCCCAGUGCCACGGAGUAUUACAGACCAACUUAACCUUACUCCCAAACAGCCAGGGACACACUAAACAAGAGGAAGCAUCUUUUGACUUUAACAAAUUUUAUACCUUAAUUAAGGUUCAAUGCAGUAAACUCUUGUUGCCCUUUCUCUGUGGAACUUUUUUCCCACCCUGUAUCAAUGAUACCGUCUACCCCUUGUGUCCAGAUCUUUGUGAACAGAGCCGAGAUGGAUGUAGUGGCACCUUGCGCAGCUUUGGCUUUUCUUGGCCUUUUUCUUGUAUAGAGUUAUAUCAUCGACUGAAUGGGAGUCAAGUGUGUCUAGGACCAAAUGGUGUAGAGAAAGUAGCUCCCUUUAUUAAAAUUGUAAAAGAUAGUGAUAGAGAACAGUUGUUGGAGGGAGAGAAAUUGACAUUGCACUGUAAGGUUAUUGCCAACACUAACUACAGCAUCAAAUGGUACAGAAUCCGAAAACCCUCGUAUAUAGCAAGACCAGAGAAAUAUAAAGUUGGAAGCGGAAAACAUUAUGUAAUAGAGAACGUGAAUCGUGAUGACGCUGGAAUGUACAUAUGUGAGACAGCCAAUGGAAAUGGAGUGAUGGAUUCCAAAAAUAUAACAGUUGACGUUGAGUUUGCUCCAAAGGUCGUUGUGCAGGCAGAGGUGGCACUAAUGACCGGUCUGGAUAUGGACCUGAAGUGCGACGUUUUAGGGAAUCCACCGCCGAUCGUGACUUGGAGUAAGCAAGAUGUGAUGUUCAAAACAGGACGAGAAACCCAUAGCAAAUACUCCAACACUUUUACUUUGAAAAUAAGGAAUAUGAGUAAAAGUGACUUAGGAGACUAUAACUGUUCUGCAGAGAAUAUUCUAGGUACUGACUAUGGAUUAACAACGAUCAAAGACUAUGGUACACCAGAGCCAACUCGGAAUCCAGAGACUGUUGUCAAAAUUUCCACAACAACCUUGAAGCAAACAACAAAGUCAUUAGAAGUACCAAAGAAAGAAAGUAGUACGUCUACAUUUGCUGGAGAAAAGUCUGGACAUAACAAAGCCAUUUUGAAUAGUUGCAGUAUUACAUAUUUAAUGUUUUCAUUAUUGCUAACGCUAUUAAUUAUGUCAAUAUUACAUUAUUAAUACAAUUUAUUUUUAUACCAAUUCCAGAAGUGCCAUGUAUUUAAUAUCCCAAAAAAUCAGCAAAAAUAAAUAUCAAGCAAUCGUAAUCUCUCAUUGUAAACCACAGAUUAUUAACAAAAAUAAUUCACUGCCAUAAUCAUUCCUAUACAUUGUAUUCAUCAUUGAGACAUAUGGUAUUUUUUUGACAUUAGCUAGGAAAGUCAAAAAGCAAAAGAAAUAAUAUGUAGAUGGAAUAAGAUGCAAGUAUAUGAGGAUUAAAUUGUAUAGUGGGCGUGUGAAGGUGUGUAUGUUUCUUUUCAUAUUAAAAUCACCUAUGCAUUUUUGAUGGAUGAAUUUCUGUAAUAAAUGUAAUCAUAUCAUUAUACCUUAAGUGCUGAACUGUCUUAGUUUGUUUUAAACUUAACCCAUAUUUUAUCUAUUUUAUUUUGCGUGACAUAUAGAAUGUUUGAUCACAAAAAAAAUUAUAAAACUAUUUAUGAUGAUUUCCCGUUGAUAAGAUAUUGAAAAUAGGUAAUGUUGAAGGCGAUAUGCUAUUAAAUUAGUUAUUCCUAUAUAUAUAUUUAUAAAUAUGUAUGAAACAUUGAUACAUGUCUGUGUUUGUAUGGUUGCAUUAAUAUUUCUAGAUCAUACUCUGUAUUCUUCAAAAUUUGACACAAAUAAAUGUAUAUAAUGCU